AUGGCUACCAUCAGUCACCUGAUGUCUGAUAUUGAUGGAACAAAGUUUGAUUUUUCUCGGGUCCGAGCUCAGCCAUUUAAAUUUAAAAUCGGUGAAAGUCAGGUCAUCAAGGGCUGGGAAGAAGGAUUAGUUCAGUUAAGCAUUGGACAGAGAGCAAAACUAACCUGCACCUCUGACUAUGCUUAUGGAGCUGCUAGCCACCCUAGCGUUAUUCCACCUAAUGCUACUUUGAUUUUUGAUGUAGAGCUCUUGAGACUCGAUUGAAAUCAUUAUUCGGUUUGUCUCCUGCUUUUGGCACACAAACAUGAGCAAGCUUGAAGAUUGUGCAUUGAAUAUGCAGGGCUUGGCUAUAAUCACACUACAUUUACCUUCCCCAUCCACAACCUGCUGUAUGUCAGCAACAAAUCUGCUUCUCUCAUGUUCCCUUUG